AUGCCAAAGACUAGGUCGCAGAGGAACGCUGGUGGGUCCAAGGGGACCGAGCGUAGUGGCCCCCAAAACCCCUCUCGGGGUCCAACACCCGGAGAAGGAGGGGCAGGGCCCUCACGAAUCCCGCCUGAACAACUGGUUCAGACGGUGGCAGAAAACCUGCCCACCUUCGAGGCAAUCAUGAACUACCUCAAAGGGCAGUCGGAAGGUCAACAGGACAAGGAGCCAAAGGUUCAGGGAGCAGAUCAGUCAGAAUCCCGAACUGGGAGUCCCACCAAAACUGGGGCCAAGCGGGCGCGCCGGGAAGUCACCCGUGAACAAGUCGAGGUCGUAGAACCUUCUCACAAGAAUUCCCGAACUGAACACCCGGAGCCCGUACGGAGGCUCCCCAGGGGAGACCUCUCCCCCCGGAAAGAGCGACAACAGGUGCAGGACGAACUGGACCUACUUCUGGACCCUGAAGCGGACAGGUACAUUGCUUCCCCCUUUGUGCUCGAUAUCGAGGAAUACCAACUGCCUGCGAAGUUCAAAAUUCCAAACAUGAAACCUUACGACGCAACCACGGAUCCGGAAGACCACCUGUUCGUGUUCAUGACGCAGAUGCGUUUACAAACAGCCGCGGAUGCGGUCAGGUGCAAGACCUUCCCAAUGUUCCUAGAAGGAAGGGCCCGGCAGUGGUUCCAGGGACUUCCCCCUAGAUCGAUCAGUUCUUUCACUCAGCUCGCACGGCAGUUCUCGGCACAGUUCGUUUCUUCACGAGCCUACUCUAAAAGCACCGCUCACCUCAUGACUAUCCAACAGAAGCCCGAGGAGUCCUUGCGCGAGUACAUGGUGCGCUUCAAUAAUGAGUCUCUUCAAGUUCGAGAUCGCGACGACAAGGUGGUCAUGGCCGCCUUCAUCAAUGGGCUGCGCAAGCAAAAGCUUUACACCGAGCUUGUGGAGAGACCUCCCAAGUCAGUUCGGGAGAUGCUAGACCGAGCCCAUGAGAAGGCCAACGCGGAGGAAGCCAAUCGCCUUAAGAGUGCACAAGAAAAAUUGAGGGAUGACAAGCGCAGGAAGGGCGCCGACCAGGUGGAGGCACGGUCUGGCCAGGGAAGGAAGAGUGCUUAUGACCGCCUCCCCAGGAGCCGCCCAAUGGGAGGGGACAAGUUCUGGACUGGCCUCACGGCACCCAGAGCUCGAGUGCUCGCAGUGAUGGAGCAGGAGGGGCUAUCCCGACCUCCUCGGCCCUUGGCCGGGGACAAAAGUAGACGGGACCAAGGUCUGUAUUGCGCUUAUCAUCGAGAUGUGGGGCACGAUACGGAGGACUGCCGUCACCUCAAGAAAGACAUUGAAAAACUGAUCAAACGAUGCCAUCUGGGGCAGUUCGUACGAGAUGAACGAUCCGACCAGCAACGGGGAAGGCCCAGGUCGGAACGUCCGAGCUACCUCCGGGACCGACCUCAGGGUUCCCGUGACCGAACUCCCGAGCAGGAAAUACAGAACCUGGCGGGGGUGAUUAACACGAUUGCCGGAGGACCUGCUGGCGGAGAUAGCCAUGCAGCUCGGCGGCACAAUCGCCCCCCUCCCACGGGGGAGAGCUCGGCCAAGCGAUUGAAGAUAUAUGAGGAAAUAAUUUAUGGACCCGAAGAUGCAGUCCCUUUGGCCUCCAAUAACCAUGAAGCCAUUGUGAUAGAAGUCAUCACCUGUAACUUCAAGGUGAGGAAGGUGUAUAUAGACAACGGAAGUGCCAUAGACGUGCUGUAUUACAAGACCUUCAGGGAGCUGCAGCUGGAGGAUAGACAGCUCGUACCGGUUCGAACUCCGUUGAUCGGCUUUGCAGGUCCCCCUGUGAGGCCAGAAGGGAUGAUCACUCUCAUGGUUACGGUGGGGGUGUCCCCGAAGUGCCGAACGAUCCCGGUAAACUUCGCGAUGGUUAAGGAGCCGUCGUCCUAUAACAUGAUUUUGGGACGGCCCACGCUGAAUGCCCUCCGAGCUAUUUGCUCCACCUUGCACCUCAGUAUGAAGUUUCCUACUUCUGCUGGGGUGGCUGAGGAACCCCUGGAGAAAGGAGAAAGAUUGGAAACAGACGAGGGGUUGGCCGAGCUGCCCGUCCAUCCCGACCGACCCGAGCGCACAGUGAAGGUCGGCACCGGCCUGGGCGAGCUGGUCAGGACUUCUCUGGAGUCUCUCUUGGAGGAAUACGCUGAGAUAUUUGCUUGGAGUGCUGAUGACAUGCCGGGAAUCCCCACCGAGCUGGCAGUCCAUAGGCUACAUGUAGACCCCAGCGUCCGACCAGUGAAGCAGAAGAAGAGGAGCUUCGCUCCUGAGCGAAAGGAGGUCGUCAAGAGCGAGGUGGGUAAGUUGCUGGAGGCUAAGAUCGUUAAGGAAGUCUACUUUCCGACCUGGCUGGCCAAUCCGGUGCUGGUCAAGAAGGAGGAGAAAGCUUGGCGGAUGUGUGUGGAUUUCACUGACUUAAAUAAGGCUUGCCCGAAGGACUGUUAUCCACUCCCACGGAUUGAUCAGCUCGUGGACUCGACAGCGGGCUAUGAGAUCUUCUGUUUCUUGGACGCCUUUAAGGGGUACCACCAGAUAGCUCUGGACGAGGAGGAUCAAGAAAAGACCUCGUUCAUCACCGAGGAUGGAACAUAUUGUUACGUUACCAUGCCAUUUGGGCUAAAGAAUGCGCGCGCAACCUAUCAGAGGUUGGUAAACAAGCUGUUUAGAAAUCAGAUCGGUCGGAACCUGGAAGUCUAUGUGGAUGAUAUGUUGGUGAAAAGUCGGACCCAGGGGCAGUUCAUCUCCGACCUGAGGGAAAUUUUCGAGGUCCUUCGGAGCUCACGAAUGCGGCUAAAUCCCAAGAAGUGUACUUUUGGGAUCAGGUCGGGAAAGUUCCUGGGCUACAUGAUUUCUAAAAAGAAGGGGUGA